UGUUGUCCAAAACUGUGGAGCAUGUGAAUUAAAUCUUUAAAAAACUCAUGACGGAGAUCUCUGGAUGAUUUUCUCGGUAACAGCAGCAUGUCCUAUCCGGGUGGUAUCGCGAAGAUCUUUAACUGUGCUGGCUUUGUGUCUUUUUGCAUACGUGUACUGGCUGCACUGCCGCCAUCACGUUCAUGUUAUCUCAUCCAAUCAAAAGCAAUUAAAAACAGUAAAGAACCACACUCGCAAUAACGAAAUAUACGCCGACUUCAUGCAAACAUGGUGUCGUCUAAAGCGGCUGCGCACAGACUGGAAGGGAGUCUUACGACCAUGCGCAGAUAACAUGAAGUGGGGAAAGAAUAUGAAUUCCUGGCGUGACCAAAGCAGAACGGACGCUGCUAAAAGCUAUCUUACAUUGUGGGAUAUAAGACCUGCCGGGCAGUUCAGUCGAUUUGAAAUCCAGUCUGUAACGAAAGAUAACCUUGACAAGACAAUUGGUGGGGACUCUUGGCGGGUUCAUGUACGAGGUCCCUCCUCGAUGUCUCCAACAGUAAUUGAUCAUAAUAAUGGGAAGUACGAGGUCAUUUUUCUUGUUCUGGAAUCUGGGAAGUAUGACGUGGAGGUGGUGUUGGAGUAUUCGUUGUGCGAUGGAUAUAAAGAUCCACCAAGAGAUUGGUUUAUAAAAGGAAACGCUCAAGGUAGAUACCAAUCACCGGAUGCCCUUCCUAGUCGUGAAAAACCAUUUCUGUUAAGUCCUUUGUGGGACGGUGCGCCUUUCACCAUCCAAAUUCCACGUUCCACGGAGCUUCUUUUUAAAAAGGUUAUUAGCAAGUUUGGCUCUCUGAACACACCAUGUGGGAUCAAAUGUUCUGAAAUAUGGGACGGCAAUGGGAGAUGGGUCAAUGACACAUGGAAACCAUAUUUGACUGAAAAAUCUGGCUCAUUAGGAAACAGCCCGACACGAAAACUAGGAACACUGUGGAUUUAUGGAGACUCGAUCGGCGAUUUUUUCUACAAGUCCAUCGUCAAACAGCCUUUGUGUAAAACAUUAUUUCAACGAUGCAAUAACACUUACAACUGGGUGUACGAAAUUCCCAACAGAAACUUGACCAGAGCUCGAUUAGAGAUGGAUGAAAAAGACUUCAGUAUUAGGAGAGUUCUGACAGAGAUUUUUCACGUGAUCGAUCAGCCUUUUAUGGACAACGCCAAUUCCGUCUUGGUCCUCAAUCUAGGUCUGCACUAUGUGCACACAAUAAACUUCUCAUCGUACAAGACUUUGAUUGACAAGACAAUUAGAUUGUUAAAUGAUAGAUUUAAGACGGACGGUAGAUCAUGGAGGUUUAGAGGAAAACUCAUCUGGAAGACGACAACUGCUAUUAAUAAAGAGAAGUACGGAGACCCAAAAACUAAUGCGCGACAUUCAACAAGUAUCAGAUUUUUGACUUAUCAGCGUGUUUUAUUAUUUAACGCCUAUGCUAUGGACACCAUGUGCAGAGCAGGCGUCAAUGUACUUGACGUAUUUCCCAUCAGCGACGCAUAUCCCGAGGGGACUGGGCUGCCAAGAAAACCCUAUGAUGCCGUACAUUUCAAGCCCCACGUUUUCCAGCCAGUCGUGAACUUCCUUCAUAGUUAUUUCGGUGGUCGCCCUUCACCCUGACUAAGGUUUUAAUUCUCGAGGAGUUGACCGCGAACUAUUCCGUGUCAUAUCUUUGUUGAGCAAAGAUAACGUUAAUCUGGCUAACAACAUAGAUGAAUGAGUUCGAGACGCUGUAAUUUGUACAAACCAAUUGUUCAGUUUCCAUCAGAUCAGAGAGGCUUUAUAUUUCGUGGUAUCUUGAGACUCCAGGCCUCUCACGAUCCUUACUUCAGCUGCAGUUUCACAAUUCAGCCUUGUUCUAAGAUCGUUGAAAUACAACUAGCCUCUUAAGAGUCCUUUUUGUUACGUCGAGUCGAGAGGCACUUAGCUCACUAUAACUGCCUUCUUCGGUCCAAAGGUUGGUCAAUGAAAUUUGUGAAGCACGAGGUGAAGCUUUUGGAGGCCUUCAUUAUCGACGGGUGUCUCUCUUGGAGUCAAAUUUGUUGAUUCGCAGCUCUCAAUGGGAGAAACUUAGUAAAGAAAACGAACGCCUGUAACGCUUAAAGUUUAGUUUUGUAAUAUGAGAAUGAUGAUUUUGUUUGACUUAAUUGGAAUCAGUGUUAUAUUUUGUCGCAAUUUGCAAUAAACCUUUAACA